AUAUAUAUAUAUGUAUUUGUAUGCGAUGGUAUGUACUAAUAUACACAGUAGGAUAGGUUAAGAUCGAUUUCGAGUUGUAAUUAUUUAUUAUAUAUGUAACCGCGGCCUAUGAGUAUGAUGAACUUGUGUACAUGUGUGAAGUAUAAUCUUGAGCUACCAAUUGCGGGACUUUAUAUUCUUUAUAUCUGUAUAAAAUAAAUAAUAUGUACGAACUCGCGACUUCGUGAUGGCAGAUUUGUUUGAUAUCGCAAACUUAAUCACAACCGUCGGCGUCGAUGGUGUUAAAGUCAAAUCGGAGCCCGGAUUGCCCGAGAAGUCGUCCAAUGAAAUUUUGACGGAACUCUUCAGCACGUUUAACGCGGUUGAUGACGAUGUAGGAUCGUCGGACAGUAGAGAUCAGCAAGUUCCAAACGGCAAUGCCGAAAACGUCAAGUCGAAGAUGCAAAAGAAGAAAAAGAAAAAAAAACACAAACACAAAGAGAAGAAAAGCAAAAAGAAAAAGUCAAGGAAUAAUUCCUCAGAUAGUAACAGCGACACCGAGGGUGUUAGAAAGAAGAAGAAGAAAGAACACAAGAAGAAGUCCAAACGUAGGCACGGAUCUGUUUCGAGCAGAUCGUCUGAAUCGGAGCCUAAAGCCAAAGCGACAAAACUGGAGAAUGAUGACCUAGAGAUUGCAAAACAUAAUAAUGCGGAAAUAUUUGAUAUUGCAGAAAAGACAAGUAUAGAUGACAUACUGACCGGAGACAAUAUAUCAAAACUGAAUGAUCAGCAACACAUAAAAACAGAACCAGAUGUAACAAAAGAGACUGCUGAUGGUUCCGACAGUCCUUGUUUACCGCCAAUGUUAAAGAAAACAGAUGAGGAAGUUGACGAGCCAAUAAUAUCCAGACCAAUUGAAAAGGCAAAGCAAUCUGCUCAAGGAAAAAUAUUGAUAAAAGAUCUCAAAAACAGUGUCGUUUAUAGUGAAACGGUUAAAGCAAUUGAAGACAAACAAAAGGCAAAAGCUGAAGGAGUGGAAGAAGGUGAAAUAUCUGAUAGCAGCAGCGAGGAUAACGGAGAACAUAAUUUGAAUCUUACUCCAUUUCGAAAUAGAUCACUGUCGUUUAGUCCAAGUAGAGACAGAACAAAAAGCAUAGGAUCCGCGGAAGAUCAAUUGAGAGAAUUAAAAACAGAUCUCCGAUUGGUUUUGAGAGAAAAAGAUAAAAAAAGAAGAUCUACAAAAGAUAAAGAUGGUAAAAGAAGUACGAGUUAUCAUUCACAAGACAGAAGAAGAUCAAGAUCAAAAACACGACAUAGUUUGCAUCGCAGCAGAAGUAAUGGAAGAGAAAGACAAGAUGGCAGAAGCAGAGAAAGACGUGACAGGGACAGAAGUAAUGAAAGACGCAGACACAGAAGUCACAGUAGGAGCAGAACCAAGUAUACAGAAGGUCGAAGCAGGAGUAGAGAAAGAAAAGAACGAAUUGAAAUUGAUAAGAAAAAGUUACUGGAAAUUGCAAGAAAAAACGCCAUAAAUAUGAUAAAGCAAGGAACUCUACCACUAGCUCAGAAAGAUAAAGCUAUUGCUGCCAUACAGUCUGGUGGAAAGACGGUAGACGAGCUUACAGAUUUUUGUAAAUCAUUGUCCAAGUCUGAAGAACUAGGUGAUUUAUCUAAUAUUUCUUCAGAAGAAAGUGAGUCGGAGAAAGGAUUUCAUCAUCCUUUCCUUAUAAAGGAAAGAUCUAGUUCUAUUAUAAUGAAUAUUCGGGAUGCAAAACAGUUGCCAACAAAAACGUUUCAAGAAAAAACAGCUGAGACAUCAAAUCAGUUGCGAUUGCAGUUUCCUGUGUCUAGUGGACAACAUCACAGAAGGAGCGAAAACGAAUGGAUACCUGUUACACCUGUAAAAAAACCAGAACCAAAAAAAAUAUUCGUACCAGCUACCUCAAAUGAACCAUUCCCAAUGCUACCAGCACUUCCUAUGCCUCAAACAGAACAGCUUCCUCCGCAACUUGUACAACCCGUGCAACCUGCACAGAUUACACAAGCUUCUCAACCUUCGCAAGUUGUUUUCCCGACAACAACAGAAGUUAUAGACAUUGGCUCUAUAGUAUCUGAAAGACUAGCGGCUAUGAGAAGAUUAAAGGAAGAUCCAAACGAUAUAAACGCUCUGAAUGCAAUGCAGCGAGCGCAAAACGAGAUGAGAAUGUGGGCUGAAAGCAAACAGAUGCCAGGUCAGUUUACUGGUAGCACAGGAGUUAAAGUGCUUACGCCUGCAGAACUAUCUUCAGGUUGCCAAGCCUGGACACGCAAGGACCAAUUAGUAUCGGCACAACCUGUAUCAGGUGGAAUGGGUAUGGCCUUACUGCAGAAAAUGGGAUGGCGGCCGGGUGAGGGUCUAGGCAAAAACAAAGAGGGUGCCUUGGAACCAUUACAAAUAGAAGUCAAAUUGGAUAAAAGAGGAUUAGUCUCUGAACAAGAUAUUGGUCCAAAACUCGGCAAAACUACAAAACCUGUAGUGCCAACCAUCAAGACGUUAGAAGGCAAACAUCCAGUCUCACUUUUGGGCGAAUAUUGCUCAAAGAAAAAACUCGGUCCGCCAGCCUAUGAACUAUGUUUUGAGUGUGGACCGGAUCAUAGAAAGAAUUUUCUAUUUAAAGUUAAAGUAAAUGGCAUCGAAUACAAACCGAGCGUUGCAAGUCCUAAUAAAAAACAAGCAAAGGCGGAAGCAGCUCAAAUAUGUCUGCAAAGUUUAGGUUUAUUGCCUACCUAAUUUAUAUGAACUAUAUAUUAUACAUGUAGAGUAGUUUUAAAGUUUCUGAAUUGGCAAUUAUAAAACCAAUUAUAAUUUUUAUUUUAUAUUUUUCUCAAUGUAUAUAAUAUAGGCUUUAAUGAAAGUAUA